AUGACCUUCAACAAAUCCCUUCUCCAGCCUUGUCCUGUUCUCAGGCCCAACGAUGCUGAAUUUCAAAGUCCUAUUCAAUACUUAUCCAGCCCUGACGUGCGGGCUUUGGGUGAAAAAUAUGGCUUGUUGAAAAUCGUGCCUCCCUCUGGUUGGAGACCGCCCUUCUCCUUAUCGCCAAACUUCACAUUCCACACGAGGAUUCAAAAGCUCAGUGAUUUGGGAAUCACGACAAGAAGCAGAAAAUUCUUCACCGACAAUAUGAACAGAUUCUACAGAAUGAUGCGCCGCAGCGAGUUGAAGCAGUGGUUCAGGGCAGGUGAGAAGAAGCUUUACUUCUACGACUUGUACUUGGCCGUGCUCAAUCAACAGGGGGAAUCGCCGGAUUUUGACAAUAUUUCGAAAGACGAUUUGGCAAAGUUGAACCUCUUGUUCGGGCUUAACGCCGAAUCCCGAAUCUUGGUGGAUCAGUGGCAGUACAAUGUCAAGCAAUACGCCGAAUAUCUCUCUACGAACAAGGGGAACUUUGAUUUUCCAGAAAGUGAUCCAGAGGAUGAAGGCGCUUGUCUCGUUUGCCGCAAAAACCAUUCUCCCACUCUGACCUUAUUAUGUGAUCACUGCAACAACCCUUAUCACAUGAAGUGUCUUCAGCCGCCACUUGAGGAGAUACCGCUGGGAUCUUGGUAUUGUGAUCGAUGCUUAGUUGGUAACGGAGCCUAUGGCUUUGAGGAAAGACCCGAAAUCAAGUAUAGCAUCUGGGAUUUUGUCGAACAGUGCAAGCAAUUCGAGGACAAGUUCCUUUCACAGUACCAAACCGAAGGAAAACCGCUUCUGUUGGACGACAUUGAACGAAUUUUCUGGAGUUUGGUGGAAGCGGAGAACUCCGACAUCAAAGUCAAAUAUGGCGCCGACAUCCACAAUCUUAAACCCGGAGAAAUCAGUGGUUUCCCUACCCCUGAGGUACCCCAAUCACCAUACGACCCAAAUGCCGAUUCCUCUCGCUAUAUCAAUGAUCCUUGGAACUUGACCAAGCUUCCAUUUGCCGAAGGGUCCUUGCUCAACUACAUCAACAGCAGUAUCUCUGGAAUGACUGUUCCAUGGAUAUAUGUUGGUUCGCUCCUUUCCACAUUCUGCUGGCAUGUCGAAGACCAUUAUACCUUGUCUGCCAACUACUGCCAUUUCGGUAAUGUGAAGAAAUGGUACGGCUUUCCUAGCAGCCAUGCUGACGCUUUCGAGCUGAUCAUGAAGAAAUCUGCGCCAGAUCUUUUCCAGAGGCAGCCUGACUUGCUACAUCAGCUUGUCACUUUGAUUUCUCCAAGUGAGCUUGCAGAAAAGGGCAUUCCAUGUGUUUACGCUGACCAAGGACCCAAUGAAUUUGUGGUGACGUUCCCCAGAGUCUACCAUGCUGGAUUCAACAGCGGCUUCAAUUUCAAUGAAGCAGUCAACUUUACCAUGGACUCAUGGCUAGAACUAGGCGAAAAGUCCAUCCAGGACUACAGAUCAAUCAAAAAGGAGAAUGUUUUUGACCACUGUCAAUUGGUGGAGAAUAUCUUGAGCAAGUUUAUCAGAGGAGACAAGGAUAUCACAAUGGACCGCAUGAAGCUUGUGGAGCAGUCUAUCAGAUGUUACGAAAGAAUCAUGGGAAGAAACAUGAGAUUGGUGAGCGAUCUAGAUAAGGAGAGAUUUCUGGCAGCCAAGGCGAAGAAGAAGGGAAACAAGAACCUGACCUCCACCCCACUUACCCCAGGUCCAGAAGUCAGCACCAGAAGGGUCGCUGAUCUUGACGAAGAAGACGAUGUAUUAUGUGAUGUUUGCCGGACAUACGCCUCGUACCAAUACUGCAACAUUAAUAACCAGGCCCACCGUUUUGGUAAAUGGUAUGGAGGCAGAAAGAAGAAGGAGGCACACACGCUAGAGGUGAAAGAUCUCCUCACGCCAGAGGCCUCGCCUAAUAAACUCCAGGAUCUCAAUGAUGACGAGAAGGCCAAUUUCGUUGCAUCUACAAUUUCCGCAGGCAAACUUGGGGAGCUUCAAGAGAAGGUCCCAUACAAUGAGGAAUUCGACAAACUCAUAAAGCAGGCAAAGAGAAAGGCCGACGAGGAAGAGGCAUCGGGAGUGAAAAGAAGAAGACACUCCUCAAGAAUCCUGCAAAAGAGUCAACUGCCUGAGACAGUCAAGGAAGAAACAGAGGUGGUUGAGCACAAGGAUAUGAGCCAAAUGAAGAAAGUACAAUACAACAGUUUAUUCAAGCAGCUCAAUCGCUUGGACAAUGUCAAGUUGUGUCUCGAAUGCUGCGUUCUGGUUUGCGGAGAGCGUGGAAAGAAAGCACCCCGGGGAUCUCUUGUGGUGUUUGAGAAGUCAUUUGAAGAAAUGGAUCAAGUCUUGACUGCUGCCAAGCAAAGGUAUUACGAUGUGAAGAUGGGAGGUGUGAAGGCUCGAGAUGUUGCUGUGCCUGAUACGACAGUAAAGACGGAGGUGGUGUAG